AUCAUUCAUUACAUUCUCAAGCAUACCAUAUACAGAGAAACUUCAAUUCAUAUACAAUAUACUCCGUAUAUUAAUUAAUUAAUUUCCCAGUGCGUAUUUUGAUUAUUAGCUAGAUAUAAUAAAUGAGUAAAAUGUUGAAGAUAGAGAGAAGACCUUCACAGAUUCAAGCCCCCACAUAUGGGAAUCUGGUUACUAUUCUGAGCAUCGACGGCGGCGGCAUACGAGGAAUCAUUCCUGCUACUAUUCUUGAAUACCUCGAAUCUCAACUUCAGGAGUUGGAUGGAGAAGAUGCAAGGCUUGCAGAUUACUUCGACGUGAUCUCCGGGACAAGCACCGGCGGCCUUGUGACGGCCAUGUUGACUGCUCCCGGCGAGAACGAUCGCCCCCUUUAUGCAGCCAAAGAUAUCAAGCCUUUCUACCUCAACAACUGUCCCCAGAUUUUCAAACAAAACAGAGGUUGGAUGAGUGGAGUGAUAAAGUUGAUAAAAUCAAUAUUUGGACCCAAGUACGACGGCAAAUACCUUCAUCAGCUGGCCAAGAAGCAGUUGAAAGAUAUCCGUUUGAAAGACACUCUUACUAACAUUGUCAUUCCCACUUUUGAUAUCAAGACUUUGCAGCCUGUCAUCUUCUCCACUUAUGAGGCUCAGAAAUCCCCAAGUUGGGAUGCAAAUCUGUCAGACAUUUGCAUUGGUACUUCAGCUGCUCCUACAUAUCUUCCUGCUCACUACUUCAAGACUGAAGAUACCCAAAAAGGAACAUUUAAAGAAUACAAUCUUGUUGAUGGUGGCGUUGCUGCAAACAAUCCGACAUUGGUAGCCAUGUCCCAAGUGACAAAGCAGAUAUUUGACAACAACCCAGACUUCUUCCCCAUCAAGCCCAUGGAUUACGGCCGCUUUCUGGUCAUAUCUUUAGGGACGGGCUCUGCCAAAAAUGAGGAGAAAUAUGACUCCAAAGACGCGGCAAAAUGGGGCAUUCUGGACUGGCUGCUUCACAAAAGCUCUACGCCGUUGAUCGAAGUGUUUUCUCAGGCCAGUGGAGAUAUGGUGGAUUUGCACAACACUGUCGUUUUCCAGGCUCUCCAUUCCCAAGACAGUUAUCUCAGAAUUCAAGAAGAUAGAUUGAAUGGAACAGAAUCUUCUGUGGAUGUAGCCACUAAGGAAAACUUGGAAAGGUUGGUGGAAAUUGGUGAGAAGCUCUUAAAGAAGCCAGCUUCUAGGAUUAAUAUGGUGAGUGGUUGCACUGAACCAAUUUCAAAUGGUGGCACCAAUGAAGAUGCUCUCAAAAGGUUUGCAAAGUUACUAUCAAGUGAAAGGAGGCUUAGAGAAAUGAGGUCACCAAUCACCAGCAAAGGCUCAAACAAAGAACCUCACGCAAUUAAGUCAUGAGGCUAGAACAAUAUUGAUGCAAACGACUCUUGAAGGGAUAACGAAAUAAUUUAUUUUAUGAAAAUAAAUUAAUUAAGUAAAUAAAGUGAUGUAGUCACUAUCUUACACUGUUACAUACAAGCUAGCUAAGUACAUACUAGUGUCAUAUACGGAAUACUACGUAAUUUGUGUGAAUAUGUAUUUUUUUCAUUCUUUCAAUUAAGUUGAGGUGUAUCUUGUGUACGUGAUUGAUGGACAUUUAGACCAAUUGCUAAGAUUUAUGUUCAUAAUUUACUUUAACUUUGUCGAAUAAAAAUUGUUUUUAUUAUUCCAUUUACGCA